AUGCGCCUGUUCCUCGCCCGCCACGGCGAAACCGUCGACAACGUCGCGGGCAUCUACGCCGGAUCCCGCGACUCGCCGCUCACCGCCCACGGCGUGCUGCAGGCGCGCCGGCUCGGCACCCAUCUCGUGCAGCGGGCGGCUGAGCUGGGUGUGGCGGUCACGCAUGUGUUUGCGUCGGAUCUGAGGAGGGCGGGGGAGACGGCGGGGCUGGUGGUUGAGGCGCUUGCGAAGGGGGCUGAUGGGGAUCGGGGUGGGUGUGUGGGUGAUGGGGCUGGGGGUGUGGGUGUAGUAGCGCUGCCGGAGCUGAGGGAGCGGGAUUUUGGGCUGGCUGAGGGCAGGAAGUUUGGUGUGGGGGGCGUGGACUUGGCUGCUGCGGGGGCCGAGUCUAGAGAGCAGAUGCGGCUGCGUGCUGAGCGGUUUGUGACGGGAUGCCUGGAGCCGCUGCUCACGGCCGAGCGGGUGGCUGCUGGGGGUUUCGUGGUCGUGGUUGCGCACGGGCUGAUCCUCGACUCGCUAUUGCGGGUGCUGUUGGCUCGGUUUGGUGCUCGCGAGCUGGCCCGCUUGGGGAAGUUGCCGGGCUGGAGCAAUACCGGCUAUGUCGACCUCGUCGUUGGGGUCAGCUCCGCGCGGGCGAUCGUGGCAAGUGGUUCGGAUGGCUCGAACUCGGCUGAGGUGUCUGGUAAAAGGACACUGACUCCGAAACCACCGACCACAACACCGUCGACACCGCCCCCACAACGAUCGCGGAUCACCUUGUCUGUGGUUGGUGUCAAUGUCGUUAGACACCUGGAGGGCUUGAAAAAGACUCGAGGUGGCAUCGGCAGCGCCCAGUUCGACAAGCGGCAGAGGACGGUGGAUUCGUUCUUUGGCCCUGCAACCAAAAAACCGAGGGUUGAGCAGGGACCUGGAGAUGGUUGA